CCCUGGCUGGGACCCAUCCGCACCCUCUGGCCGCAUCCAGACUCCCUCUUCGCCGAGCUGGAGCGAGAGCUGCGUCAGGAGAUGGAGAGGGCCCGGGAGUUCAUGAGCAGCUUCGAGCAGCUCCUGACCAGCCACGGAGCCACCGCCGUGGAGCGAGCCCCGAGAACCAGCGCGGCCCCGACCCAGGGCUCCGGGGAGGGCUUCUCCGUCUGCCAGGACGUCAAGAGCUUUGCCCCCGAGGAGCUGUCGGUGAAGGUGGUGGGCAGGAAGGUGGUCCUGGUGGGGCAGAAGGAGACCCAGAAUGUCGAUGAGAAGGGCUCCUUCUCCUACAAGUACGAGGUGCUGAAGCGGGAGUGGGACGUGCCCGAGGAGGUGGACGCCGAGGCGCUGACGUGCUCCCUGUCCAAGGAGGGGCAGCUGCGCAUCGAGGCCCCCCGGCUGGUGCUGCCGGCCGCCCCGGAGAGGAACGUGCCCAUCCAGGUCAGCCCUGCAGCCCCGCAGCCCGGAGCAGCCUCCGAGGACGGAGUCAACAACAAAGCCCAGGCGUGACGGGAGGGGAACCGAUGGCCCGCGGCAGGACCGGAGCAGACAGCAGCAAGUCUCGGGUUUUAGCCCAGACAAGCUCCAUCAGCAAUGAUGUCAUUUUUUUCACUGUACUGGAAUGUUUUUGUAUCCAAUAAAAAUACCUUUGCAU